AUGGCUGGUUUUCAGUAUUUCAGUCACAUCGAUCCGUCCGAUGCCUACCUCCAGGUACAGGUCGAUGCAGCCAGCCAGCCACCCCUUUUUCUCCUGUUGGACAAAGGGCACUCCGGUGUCGAACGAAUGCGAUCUGUAGCGCGCCAAUACGUGUAUUGGCCAAACAUCGACGAAGAAGUUGCAAUCCUUGUCCGUUCCUGCGACGAGUGUGCCAGCGUAGCCAAGACAGACCGGAAAACCAAUCUGGAAUCCUGGCCAGCACCGACAAAACCGUGGCAGAAACUGCAUCUAGACUUUGCUGGUCCAAUGGAUGGGAACUUUUUCCUUAUCCUUGUCGACUCGUACACUAAAUGGCCGGAAGUUGUGCGAACUGAAAAGAUCACCACUCCAGAAACCUUGCGGAUCCUUCGAGGAAUGUUCGCAAGAUAUGGUAACCCGGAAACGCUAGUCACUGAUAAUGGGACUCAGCUCACCAGCAGUGGAUUCGAAGCAUUCGGUAACGCUCGUAGUAUCAUCCAUCUUAAGACUGCACUAUAUCAUCCGCAGUCCAAUGGGUUAGCCGAGAGGUCGACGCCCUGCCGUAGUGCACCUGGUGGGAAGUCGCCUGGCGAUUUAAUGUUUGGCAGACCAAUUCGCACAGCUUUGGAGCUACUUCGGCCGCCAACGACGUUCCAAAAGCAACUAGGCUGUGCUCAAGAACAACAGUUUAACCGAAAACACGGAACAAAAGCUCGUAGUUAUCACCCUCAAGAUCUCGUAUGGGCUAAGGUGUAUUCCGCCAACAAGUGGAUUUGGCAGUAUGGAAUGAUCAUCGAGUGCAUCGGCAGCGUGAUGUACAAUGUGUGGCUGCCAUCGAAACAGAGCCUGAUCCGAUCUCAAUGCAACCAGUUGCGGAAUCGCCUCACUUCGCUUGGAACUCUAAAUAGGGCUUUAUUCGAAACUGAUCGUAAUUUUUUUGUCUAA